UCCUCCGCGCUCCCCCGGCGGGGCCCCAGCCCGGACUACGAGCCCCGUGGUGCCCGGCGGCGGCGCGGCUGCGCGGCCGGCCAGGGGGCGGUGGCGGAAGCGGCGAAGGGCCCCGCCCGCCGAGGCCGGGCCGGGCCGGGCUGUUGCCGCCAUGCCCCGGGACAACAUGGCCUCCCUGAUCCAGCGGGUGGCGCGGCAGGCGCGCAUCACCUUCCGCAGCCCGGCGGGCCCAGCUUUCGGGGAGAACCUGCACCGUCUGCAGCAGCUGCUGGACGAGGUGCGCGCCGAGGACUUGCACUUGGCUCCGCGGGGGCCUUCGGCCGCGGCCGCGGCGGCGGCGGGCGGGGGUCCGCCGUGGGCCGGCGUGGUGCCUCCUGUCAGCUACAUGCACAUCUGCGAGACGGAGAGCUUCAGCAUGGGCGUAUUUCUGCUGCGGAGCGGCGCCUGCAUCCCGCUGCACGACCACCCAGGCAUGAACGGCAUGCUGAAGGUGCUGUACGGCACGCUGCGCAUCGCCUGCAUGGACACGCUGCCCGCUGGGGCCGCCGGGGCCGCCGCUGCCCCGCCGCUCCCCGCCGCUGGCAGCGGGCCGUGUCUGCGCGCCCUUUUCCGCUCCCGCCAGCACUACACGCCCGCCUCACCGCCCUGCCUGCUCUCGCCGCACACCGACAACCUUCACCAAAUCGACGCCGUGGACGGGCCUGCCGCCUUCCUCGACAUCCUAGCGCCGCCCUACGACCCCCAGCACGGCCGGGACUGCCACUACUACCGGCUGCUGGAGGGGCCGCCGGCGGGCGCGGAGCCGCCCGCGCUGCCACGGGAGGUGUGGCUGGUGGAGACCCCGCAGGCCGCCGACUUCUGGUGCGGGGGCGAGCCCUAUCCUGGGCCUCGCGUCUGCCUCUGAGUCGCCGCCGGCGGCUUGUGCCGGGCGGCGCCUCUGGGGACGAUGUGCGUUCGCCCCGCCGAAAGGGGAACUCGCCGCCCCCGGCCCGGCCACCCCUCCGAGCCCGCCGGACAGCAGCACCGCGGGGACGCGGUGUUUCGUGCUGGCUAGAGCUUCGUGGGAGUGCCGUGGGUCAGAGCCUUCCUCUGAUCACGGGCUUCGUGAGUCGGAGAAAUAAAGCGCCAGAACGUGUUUAUGCCCUUGGGGCCGAUGUGCGGGAGCAGCACGGCUGAGCUGCUCAGCUGAAGGGCCGGGGAAAUAUUCCAGUAUCCUGUGUAAAUAAUUAGGGCCAUGCGUCAGGGAGGGGAGUUCAGGCUCCAGAGGGAGAGUAAAUGCCAUAAGAAUUGUCGCAGGGUGCCCGGCUUUUCCCAAUGGGGCUCCCACUGCCAGAGCCAGCUGGCACCACAGGACCAGGGGACUGUACCCGCGGAGUUUGGGAAGGAGGGGUUGAUCUGGCUACAGCCUUUGGGGACUGUCUCCAGAGCAAUUCUCAAGAAGAGCUGUACCCUGCUAGUAAAAAACAAAUCCAGAACAACUGAGCCAGGACAUACUCCUCCAGUAAAUGCCAGUGAUCAAUCCCCAGGGCUGGAGUUAAGGAAAUUACUGCUCCAAAUGGACACGGUCAGGUUCGGAGUUACUUUUCAACAGUUCUUUAAAGUGUUGUAUACAAGGUCUCACUAUUGCAACUGAGAAUUACCGAAUGCAUCUAUGCAUACUUCCUUCAGCUAGAAGGAGACAGCUGCUAAUUAACCUCGCUUGGAACUUCUAACACAGCCAGUGGCAGAAGGUGGCAGAAACUGGGCAUCAUAAGAGAAAAAAACGACUAUCCACUGUUGUGGACACUAUUGUAGAAACAGCAUAUUUGCAAACCCUCAGUAUACAGCAGUGCAUACCCUAGGUACUGAUAGAAUUCGAUCUGGUGUCUUCUCUUUAACAAGUGGUGUGUGUUUUUAUACUCCUUGGGCUUUUGAAACCUUUCAGUUUCCCUCUUUAUACUAUUUAUAAAGACUACUUUUUCAUAAGGCUUUUAAAUAAAUGUAGAUUAGAAGAGACACCAUGAGGUUCACCUUGCUAUGAUAGAAGUGGUCUGGAGAUGCAGUUUGUCCACAGCAGGGGUGCAGUCUUUCUAACAUGGGAGAAAGUUUUUAUAGAAGUGAAAUGCCGCAUCUGUGCUGCAGGGACUGGUCUCAUGCCUGUUUAUCCUAACGCACACUUCAUACCACAAACCCAGGCCAGGACUGCCUUGGCCAUCUUACUCAGGAUGUGAGAAUUUGAGUAAGAAAACACAACUUAGCAACCUCCUAAGUGAUGUUCCAACCUGCUCCAGAAAUCAUUUCACAACUGGCUUUACUUUUCUGUGUAUUUAUAAAAGCAGACUUGUUUUUCCUGUACAGUGGCUUGUACGUGUGAAUUUUUAAAUUAGUCUGAUAUCGCAUUGCUGCUUUUUUUUUUCCCCCUGGCCUGUGAAAGAAUGAAUGUAAUAUACAGUCAGCAUUAUGCAUACAUGGAUUAAUUCUUUUGCAAAGAAAAAUUGGUAGAAAUUAUUUCAGGUGAUUUUCAUUUAUUCUUAGAGCACUUAAAGGUGUCUGAUAUUUCUGCAGCUGGCUUACCUGUUUUUCUAGGAAUUCCCCUGCAGCUUAGCUUUAGUUAAUGUUUAACAAUUCUCGAUCAUUAAUUAUAGGGCAAUGCCUCCCUCUCUUACAGCCUGUUUCUACCUCUCUCCAAGCCUAAACAAAGGCAGUUAUCCUUUUUCUGAAGUCCACAAAGAAGAUAGCAUAGUGCAUAGUGCAGAAGAUAGCAUAGCAUAGUGCAUGCAAACAGCUGUAUUGGAAAAACAAACUGCGACAGUGAGCAUUUUUUAUCCCAUCUGCUCUAUCCUCCCCUUAGGUCUUUCUGCUGAGUUUUUAUGUUUUUUUCCUCCGUGUGUAAAAUGUAGUCAAGAUGUUUAGUGGGACAGUAUUUAAUGCAUCUUUCUCAAGAAGACAGUAUGGUUAUGCUGUGCAGUGCUGUUAACUAUAGCAAAACUUUUUUUUUAUUAUUUUUUUUAAUUAAACUGUUAGUAUCAAAGUAUUUAAAGCUGGAAAAAUAGCAAAGAAAACCUGAGAUGCAUUUUUUAAAAAAGCCUUCCUUACUCACUAAUUGAAGCUUACUUCCAAUGUUUUGGAUACCUGUAAGCAGAAGGUUUUAGUCUGUAAUGCUGUUCCUUCUCUCUGCACUCUCCUUAUUGUGUUUUCACACAGCAAAGUAACUGUUAUUGCUGAAUUGUAGAAUAAAUACAGGAUAUCUCACCACUGA